AUGACCAAAUCAUCCGUGCAGGGCCUCAGCAAAUCCUCCCUCAACAUUGUGGAUAAUGAAGUUGAUAUGCUCAGCAAGUUGCCUGAUGACAUUUUGCUCAACAUUGUGGAGCGACUUGAUAUUGCUGAUGCCACACGAACCACCAUCCUAUCCAGACGUUGGAAGCAGAUCCCUGCGAUACUCUCAAAGGUUGUUAUAAUGGUUGGUUCUUUUCAGCCCAAGCACGAAGGGAGGAAGUUAACCUCAGAUGAUAUACUUCAGGCCAAUACUGCCAUGCUGGAAGCAACCAGGGGCAUACUUGAAAGGAGGGCGGGAAAUCCAUACAGUAUUCACCUGUUGCGCAUGGAAUUCUACUUGGGAGAUGAGUCCAUUUUCAUUGGCCAGACUGUUGCCAACACCAUAGCAACACAAAAGGUUGCUUCAGUUGAGUUUAUAAUCUUAACGAAGUUGCGCAAUGUUUUUACCAAUAAUGAGCUGCUCACUUAUGGGAGUCAGUUCAUGUCAUUCUUUGAUUCUUGUCCAGUCACAUUUGGUGGUCUUGCACGCCUCACACUAGAGAAUUUGAGGUUAGGCGAAUCAGGCUUUCCGAAAAUUUUCAGUAUAUGCAAGCAAUUGGAGUUCCUCCGCCUCUACCACUGUGAUAUGGGCAUUGAGUCUUUGCUGGAAGUGGAGCACCCACAGCUCAGUGAACUAGUGAUUGCCUGCAGUAGGAUUAUUAAGAGGAUUGAUCUAAAGUGGGUACCAAAACUCAUAGUACUGAAAGUUAAUGUAUUUAGAUCUCAAGAUGACCCCUUCUGUCUUGGCUAUGCCCCUCUGCUCCAGACUGUCAGCAUCAUUAAUACUGGUUUUUCUUGGCACAAGAUGCUCAAGUUAAGUGAGUUGCUUGGUAAAACAGCAAUAAGCAAUCUGCAUUUGAACUUCAAAAGCGAGAAGAUUUGGGUCAAACCGGAAGGUCGAAGACAAUUGUUACCGGUGUUCCACAAACUAAGGCGUGUGAAUUUGUAUAACAUUUUUGAAGGAUGCGAUCUGACUUGGAUAAUGUUCAUACUCCAAGGGGCACCCAGCCUUAAGGAACUAUGCAUCGUGGUGCGGGAUCAUUUAUGUGAAAUGGUAACGGGGGAGCAGAGAAAACUGUAUGCAUUUAGCGAGGAGAAGGACAAGGGAGUAGAGUGGGAACCAUCCGCAUCUGAUUUCAAGCAUCGCAACCUUGCUGAGGUCAGAAUCUUUGGGAGGUUUCUAGCAUAUGACAACAUUGUGCGCUUUGUCCGGAAUGUAAUGGAAGCAGCGGUGAGUCUGGAGGACAUAAAACUUUAUAAGAGUCUAGUGUGUCAGAAUUGCAAGCAAACGGUUCAGAAGUGGACAUUGAAGGAGAAGGUGUCGCUCACCCACAAGCUCAAUGUGGGGAUGCUGUCUUCGGCCGUCCGGAUUCAGUUCCCCAAUUUAGAGCAUGUUGCUACUUGGUCAACAUACUGCUCUUGA